AUGCUGUAUUCAUUGGCCAUUGAACCCCUACUUUUUGCACUGGGGCGAAACCAGCCCCUGAAGAGAGAGAAGCCCAAAUGGAAGAGCGACUACCCAAUGACUGAAGGGCAGUUGCGCAGCAAGCGUGAUGAAUUCUGGGAUACUGCACCGGCUUUUGAAGGCCGCAAGGAAAUUUGGGAUGCACUUAAGGCAGCUGCCCAGGCCUUUGAGAGCAAUGACCAUGAACUUGCUCAAGCCAUAAUUGAUGGCGCCAGCAUAACAUUACCACAUGGUGCUCUGACUGAAUGCUACGAUGAGCUGGGGAACCGCUACCAACUGCCCGUCUACUGCCUCUCCCCUCCUGUCAACAUGAUCGAGGAAAAGAGCGAGUCGGAGACCAUUGAGAUCCCAGAAGCUCCAGCUAGCGAAGGCCCGGAGUGCCAGUUGCGUCUGCGUCUCUCCACGGGACGAGAUCUACGCCUGGCCGUUCGCACCAGCGACAAUGUCCAGCAGAUGAAGCGCCGUCUGCAAACCCAGGAAGGUGUAUUGGCCACCAGCCAGCGCUGGUUCUUCUCAGGCCAACCACUCGCUGACAAGAUGAAGCUGGAAGAACUGAAGAUCUCCAGAGACUAUGUCGUCCAGGUGAUUGUCAGCCAGCCUCCCACAACCCCACCACUGCCGCAGAACCCCACUCCUGUGGAAAACUAAUGCCUCAUUGGGGAUAUUAACCACCACACCAAGUGCGCAUGUGAGAGGAUAUCAAUGUGCAUAGGCUGCAAGAUUAUUCAGAAGAUUUCUCUAUUUUUGGAUUUGCCAUUCGAGUCUAGAGUGAUGAACCUCUAGAGGCUUCUCCCUUCAAACACUCACUGCCUUUGACUUAUAGCUUUUCUAAGGGAGUUGAGACUCAGAUUUUCUGUUUAAAAGCCUCAGGUCUAGAAAACUGGAGCCCUGAAUUGAUCAAGAGAAGUCCAAAAAGUAUGGAUUUGGCAAAGGAAACUUAAUAAUGCUUUGUUAUUUUUAAGAUUAUGGAGUUAUAAGCUUCAUAUUCUUUUCUCUUUUUUUCUUGUGACGAGAUCAUAUGUCUGCAAGGCAGACCAGAAGUGUG